AACUAACGUUACAUUUCCACGCGAUAGAGUUGUUAUGGAAACUAAAUUAAGCUUUUAUUUUACACUUUUGUAGUUUUCAGUGAUUCAGAAGACCGAAUUUUCAAUGGCCGUUCUAAGUGUAUCGUUACGACAGCCAGAAAGCUGUUUGGACGCCCGUUAGCUAGCUAGCAAGUAACUUACAUUUUGUUAGCUAGCUGCUAUGGUUCACCAGCUCGCUGGAUGGUCAAGUGAAGAGGCUAGUUAGCUAGCUGCCUGUAUUUUUAAACAACACAUGGUAAAUUUAAUGAGCACCGACACUAGUCAGCUAGCUUUAUGAUGCCGGGUCUACCUCAAAAUAAUCUAAAGGAGCAGCUCGAACGACACACGAGUAAAACUGCACAACAGAACAAACUGUCGCUGUCAAAACCUAAGCCUGGGGUGUUUUCCUUUAAAAAGAAGUCUGCUUCGGUCAUCGAUAAUGUUACAGCUCCGUCGAAGGUAACAUGCUCAAAUGCUUUAGCAGAUCGGAAUGUCAAUGUUCCUCUUAGAGGCACAGUGUCUAAACCUUUGACGUCUCUGACCAAGCCUGAAAGACCGCUCGCAAAAAUCAGCAGCUUCGCCACCUCAAACCUCCAAACCAAGACGAAAGUGGAUAGCGGGCCUGUAGUGAGCAAGCCCCCAUCAGCUGUAUGGAUUGCAAAAAGUUCUCCAGUUGAUAAACCAGACACUGUUUUUGCAAAGAAGGAUGUCAUUAAAAACGGCGCGCUUGACACUUCUCUCGGCUGUAACAUAAGCGAUUGGGAUGAUUUUGAAGACUUUGAAACCCCCGUAAGAGGUAAAAACGGCUCGCUGCCCGGUCCGGCUGAUUCAGGCAAAAGCGCUAAAAAAGGUCACGUCAGCAAACUGGAUGAGACCAAGGCCCAUGGAGAAAGCAGAGGUUUUCAACACAGAGCACUGGGCAGCGGCCUGGUUCAGAAUGGAGCGGGUGUGUGUGGGUCAGAGAAAGGGCAUCUGGACAGCCCUCUUGAAAACACCAGUGCUCCUCCGAGCGUCAGCCUCAGCGGUACAAGCCAGAAGGAGCAGAACGAGUCUCCCAUUAAAGUGACAAAACGUCGGUUAAGUCGGCCGCCGUGCCUACAGAGCGACAGUGAAGACGACUGCGUUGACGUUCCUGGAUCUCCCGACUCAAAGACAGAUGGCAGAAGUAAAAGGUCAGAUCCUGAUGUCAUAGACCUUGAUGAGUCUGAGCCAGAGGAUGAAGACCUGGAAUUUAUUCCUCCUUCUCCAGAAGAGCAAGUCUUAAAUUCACCAGUCUGCACAAAGGCUCCGAGCAGUGCUAAUGUUGAUGACUCCAGCCAUAUUUCACGUAAAAGCUCUGUCUCCAGUCUGCCGGGAAAUCAGACAGCCUCUGACAUCCAUGCCAACGAAUGGAAAUGCAAGCAGGCGGAGUCUGAGGUGGAGCAAAGAGAGAAGCUUUUUGGCAUCAUGGAGUCCAUUUGUUGCCUGGUGGACUCCAUCCCGGAGCACGAGCUGAUAUCUCUGUCCUUUGGCACGGAGCUCCUGCUGCAGAGAGCUCAGAGGAAAAGGAUCCUUGCAACAUCAUCUGACACUCCACUGAGAAAGCAAGCAGUAGAGGUCAGAGCCAGAGCGACCUCAGAUUCCCAAACGAGCGAAUCGCAGGAUGUACCCGUUUUUGUCACCCCUCUCCACAAGUCCGUCAGCGCGCCUGCAGACAAGGGAGAGCAUUCUGGGAAAUGCUUCCAGUUCCGAAGGUCCUCUGCAUUCUCGUCUGUCGGCUGCAAUAGCAGUGCUUUCAAUGAGUCCGAUUGCAUCAUUAGUGACAUUCAGACUCCAAGCACGGUCACAAGACCCAGUUGUGUCCCCACUCUCAGUUUCACUGCAGAAAAGGGGAACCAGUCCUCAAGCGGACGUCUCAGUGACUCUCUCUCAGAGACAUCCUUCCCAAAACCUACCUUCUCUUUUUCUGAUUUGGAACAAACAGCAGAUGCUCGAUUCUCCAAACCCUCCCACGGGGGAGUGGAUUCGGGGCAGAGUUCCGAUUUCUUUUACUCGCCACAGAAGCGGCCGGACAGCACCCUGAGCAGUCGCCCUGAAAGUCGGGCCAGCGUGAGCGUUCUGGGCAGCGCCAGCACCUGCACUGACGCACAGCCCGACGAUUUCUACAUCGACGACUUCGAUAUCGAUGACUUUGACGAGUCAGACAUUCCAGAUUACUUUGACAAAGAGCCUGACACCACUGCCUCUAAACAGACGCCGAGCACUGCGGUUCAGCACAUUAGAGAAGGGGGACCCAACAAGUCCCCAUGGGGAAAAAGGACCACACCCACAACUCCUGCUGCCAAUACUCCUAAAGUAACCCGCCAAGAGCCUCCCUCCAGAAAUCCUGCCCAUGAUCGUUUUAGAGGGUUCAACUUCCCCCACUCUGCCGAAAUGAUGAAGAUUUUCCACAAGCGCUUUGGUCUGCACCAGUUUAGAUUCAACCAGCUGGAGGCUAUAAACGCAUCCCUGCUGGGGGAAGACACCUUUGUUUUGAUGCCCACAGGUGGGGGGAAAAGCCUUUGUUAUCAGCUGCCUGCCUGUGUGACCAAAGGGGUUACCGUGGUGAUCUCGCCACUGCGCUCUCUGAUUGUGGACCAGGUGCAGAAGCUGACAACCUUGGACAUUCCCGCCACAAGUCUGUCAGGGGACAAGAGUGACAGCGAGGCGGCAAGGAUCUACAUGCAACUGUCGAAGAAGGACCCCAUCAUUAAGCUGCUCUAUGUCACCCCAGAGAAGGUGUGUGCCAGUGGCAGGCUCAUAAAUGCUCUCCAAAAUCUGUUUGAGAGGGGCCUUCUUUCUCGCUUUGUUAUUGAUGAAGCUCACUGCGUCAGUCAGUGGGGCCACGACUUUCGGCCGGACUACAAACGGCUGCACGAACUUCGGCAGAAGUUUCCCUCGGUGCCCAUCAUGGCGCUGACGGCCACGGCCACACCCCGUGUUCAGACGGACAUCCUGCACCAGCUUCAGAUGAGCAGGCCACAGAUCUUCACCAUGAGCUUCAAUAGGCAUAACCUGAAGUACAUCGUGCUUCCCAAGAAACCUAAGAAGGUGGAUGAAGACUGCAUCGAGUGGAUCAGGAAACACUACCCACGGGACUCUGGCAUUGUCUACUGCCUGUCUCGGAACGACUGUGACUCCCUGGCAGACAGGCUGCAGAGAGCUGGGAUCGCGGCCUUGGCGUACCACGCCGGCCUGAACGACAGCGACAGAGAGUACGUCCAGAACAAAUGGAUCAAUCAGGACGGCUGUCAGGUCAUCUGUGCCACCAUUGCCUUCGGUAUGGGCAUAGAUAAACCCGACGUGCGCUAUGUGAUCCAUGCUAGCCUUCCGAAGUCUGUGGAAGGCUACUACCAGGAAUCUGGGAGGGCGGGCCGAGAUGGGGAGAUUUCGCAGUGCGUGCUCUUCUACUCCUACACUGAUGUCAUCAGGAUCAAGAGGCUCAUCACCAUGGACAGAGAAGGCAACCACCACUCAAGAAAGACUCAUUUCAACAACCUCCACAGCAUGGUGCAUUUCUGCGAGAACUUGACGGAAUGUCGGAGAAUGCAGCUGCUGGCGUACUUCGGGGAGCACACGUUCAACCCCACCUUCUGUAGGGAGCACCCGGAGGUCAUGUGUGACAACUGUGCCAAACCUAAUCAAUACAAAUCCAGGAUGGUCACAGAGGACGUGAAGAAGAUUGUCAGAUUUGUUCAGGAUAAUUGCGAAAAGGUUGGAGUCAGGAAGUCUGCACAGCAAAACAGAUUGACCCUUAACAUGCUGGUUGACAUUUUCUUGGGGGCAAAGUCUGCUCGGAUCCAGACAGGAAUGUUUGGAAUAGGAGCAGCCUAUACCAGGCAUAAUGCUGACAGGCUGUUUAAGAAACUGGUGCUAGAUCACAUCCUAGAGGAAGACCUCUACAUCACAGCCAAUGGCCAGGCUGUGGCCUACAUAUCUGUCGGACAGAAAGCCGGCAGCAUUCUUAGCGGCUUUGCACAGGUGGAGUUCUAUGAGACGGAGAGUGCCUCUAGCAUCAGGAAGAACAAAGCCGCCGUGACCAAAAACAUGUCGAAGAGGGAGGAGAUGGUGCAGAAAUGUCUGCAGGAGCUGCAGGAACUGUGCAAGAAGCUGGGCAAGGUCUUUGCCCUUCAUUACUACAACAUCUUCUCCACUGCUACUCUCAAGAAGAUUGCAGAGACCCUGUCAGCUGACCCGGAGGUGCUGCUCCAGAUCGACGGCGUGACAGAGGACAAACUGGACAAGUAUGGCGCUGAGCUGAUAGAACUCCUGCAGAAAUACUCAGAGUGGCAGCUCCCCGCGGAGGACCAGUCAGCAAACGGCAACAAUGCUAAUGGUUGGAUCGACACGGCGAGAGGCCGUGGAACGGAGGAGGAAGAGGAGGAUGACAACGACGAAGAGGCUUCAAGCUAUUUCAAAAGCAGAAAUGGCAGAGGCGAGAAGCGCAAGAAGGCCCCGUACUUCCAGAAGAACAAGAGGCGAAAAGCAGCUUACCCUAACCAGCGGUCCUCUUCCAAAGGGUAUAGGAGUAACAAAUCGUGGACGUCGUCCGCAAAAGCUAAAGCGGGGCCUCAAAACACAGCCAGGAGCUCGAGCUCGGCAUCGGCGGCUGGAGGUAGAAGACCUGGCAUAAUGGCAUUCCCCAUACCACAAACCCACCAGCGACCCUUUCUCAAGCCAUCCUUCUCACAUGUGGCCUAGGCUGACAGCCAGGGGCUGCACCUCAUUAA